CUGGCCCCAGCGCAGCCUCGCCUCUUCUCUCUGCACACGAGGGAAGCCAGGCUACCGGAGAACCGGAGGGUGGCCGAUCUUUCCUUGCUCGCGCUGUGGAAGAACGGGACCCAGCAGCGCACGCGACGCCAAACGUCACGGCGUGGUAGGAGCCGCACGCGGGUGUGCGCUCGCGUGACCGUCUCGCGCCAACUGCUGCCCAGCUAUCUCUGAUCCCUGGACUGCUCUACGGGAACCACGGAAGGUGUACGCUGCACCCGUGUACGAGCGAGGAACGCGGCGGUUUCAAAUAUUCGUCGGUCGUCGCUGGUGUGUGUGUGUGUGUGUGCCCGAGGCGGGAGUUUUUAUCGUCGCAUCGAGCAUGCUGGCACUGGAAGCGAUGUCGAGCGUGCGACCGCUCCACGCUUUUGCUACGCCUGUGGUCGCACGGGUGGCGGGAGUUCCGAAGUUUCGUCGAUUCAACGACAGAUGCCGCUGCAUGGCUUCUCAUCCUCGUCCCCAACCUGUCGCUGCCACCCUGUCCUCCGCCAUGCACUGCAGCCGUUGGCCGUGGCAGCUGCUGCGACCAGCGCAACAAACGUCGGUGACACCGGGUCAGUCGACCACCGUCCUCCGCCGCUGGGCGCACACCACGAGCUCGCUGCGAGACGAUGACGAUGCGGCCGGUGGUGCUGGGUCGGUGCUGCAGGAGAACAAGUGGCCCUACCGCGAUCGCAACAUCACCGUCACCACCUGCGCCGACCUGUACAAGUCGUGGCGGGGCACUCGUCGCGGCUACUCCAGCGCACCAACCAACGGCCUUCCGGUUCCGGUCUCCUUCGUGCACACGGGUAUGGACCGCUCGGAGCGCGCGGGUCCCACGCCGGCCGCUCAGACCGAAGGCAGGCCCAGCCGUAGGCCCGUGGUUGUCAUCCUGACCGGUGCCCCAGGGAGCUACACCGAUUUCGUGCACCUCAUCCCUUUCCUGGACCGGAAUGGCGUCGACGUCGUCGCACCGGCCUGGCCAGACCUGGCCUUCAGCCGCCAGUCUGGAUGCUGGUGGCACUCGAGCGAGGAGAAGACCAACCUCGCCCUCGAUUUCCUCAGGGCCGUCGGCGUCACGGAGGCCGAUAUGUUGGUGGCUCACAGCAGCGGCGCCUACCCUGCUAUGCGCCUCAUCUGCCGUGAGGACGGCCUCAAGGUCAAGAGUCUGACUCUUCUCGCACCGGCAGGCUAUAGCCAGAUCAACGUGAUGCGGCCGGGCUGGUUCACCUCUCUUCUAAGUCGUCUGUACCAGCAGCCAUUGACUCAGCGCAUGGUGAACACCUUGGCCCUCGCCUUUCUGGUGGCCACACGCCAUCCGCUGCGCCGGGACAUCGACAAUGUGUUGUUGGCUAUGAAGGCCAUGUUGUACGCCGACAAGGCACAGUUCAAGAAGGACGCCGAGGUUGUGGCGGCGCGCAAGCUGCCCGUCCUGGUGGCCAUCAGUGAUAACGACAAGCUUAUCGACCUUCCCGUCAGCCUCGAGACGGUCGGCAUCCUCGGCGGCUCGCCGGAGAGCACCUGGUACUACGACCACGAGAGGAGGCUCAAGAAGCGUGGGAACGGAAAUGGCUCUAUCAAGACCCUACGCUUCGAGAAGGGCACCCACUACCUCUUCACCCGCUGCGCCGACGUCAUCAACGACGAAAUCCUCGAUUUGCUGAAGAGAACCUCCAAGCUAUGACGCGACACAA